AUGAAAACAUAGAUCGGAGUUUUAAUUCAUCUUCACAAAUUCACCAACAUAGAUCUCUCCACAUAAGGAAUCUAUCAAAUUAGAGUUUCUGUGCCGGGAGCUUAGCCAUACCUUAUUAUCAAUUCCACUCGCCAAGAAGCCAUCUCAGUUAAUGAGGUUGACGAAAACCACAUCUGUUAUCCAGAAAAUAUACAUCAUUAAUAUUUUUAUUCUCAAGGAUUUUUAAUAAUAUAUGAGGAUGAAGAAAUGCUAACUAAUGUUGGUUGCGCAUUCCGAUUAGAAGAAAUUUAAUUAAAUUCAAAUAUUCAAAUCCAGAUGGAUUUACUUUUCUUAGAUAUUAAGUCACUUCCAGAUAUACAUUCUCAAAACUUCACCUAAAAUGUAAAGCAUUUACAUUCCAAAAUGAAACCCAUAUCACAUGCCUCAUUCUAAGUGCCCAAUCCCCAUUAUUACAAUUAAAUGUAUUAUCCUGUCGACUUCGAUACCAACCAUUUCUGUUCUGUCUAAACUCAGAUCUUUACUACUCCCAUUAACAUAUCAUUCACUAAAGGAUUUGUUGAAGAAUAAAUCAAACUCCAAUUUAAUGCCUUCAUUAAUCAAACUAUAAAUGUACUCAACAUAAAUAGAAAUUCCCUUCUUGACUAAUUAUUAAAGAUAUAAUCAGACAAAAAAAUCAUUCAAUUAUCUUACAAGGAUUAAGAAUAUAAUAUUUAGAAUCCUGAUUUAAUAAAGUAGAUCAAUUAAAGUUUUUAUGAUUUACAUCACGAUCUCUAUGUCCUAUGGUGCGAAUUAAUUUCAAUUUUAAAAGACAAUUAUCUAAAUCUCCUUACCCUUUUGUAGUAAGAUUAUUGUGAACAAAUAAAAUAAAGAUGGAUGAAUUGCAUUUUAAGCUAUUCCUCUCAAAAUUCAAAUAUUUCUUCCCAUGUUAAUCAAGAAUUAGCAAAAAAUAAAAGACACUCCUUAAAAAAUACUGAAUUUUAGAGAAUUAUAUAUACUGAAGCCAUUAUUCCAUUGAACUCACAUCCAUUUUUCUUUAGAACCACUUACUAAAGAUAGGGAUUGUUUUAAAUGUCGAAUGAUUUCAGAGAUCACUACGUUGUUUUACUUCAUGGUUAUUAAGGAACCUCAUAUGAUAUGAGAUACUGGAGGGCAAUUCUGAAAAUUCGUUUUUAGGAUAAAAUAAGGUUGAUAUUGCCUACAAGUAAUGAAUUCGUCAACAAUAAAUCAAUUAAAUAAUAAGCCUAAGAUUUAGCCGAUGAAAUCACUGACUAUAUCAAUCAUGAAAGAGUAUUUGAUUUCAAAUUGUCUUUUGUUGGACACUCCUUAGGAGGACUCGUUAUUAGAGCAGCUUUGCCUUUGCUAAAGCAAUUUUAAAUCUAAAUGCACUCUUAUAUAAGUUUGGGCACUCCUCAUUGUGGGUAUGCUUCAUCCAAAAGUUUUAUUAUUGAUACUGGAUUAAUGAUGAUAUAAAAAUGGAAUAAAUGCAAAACUCUUCAAGAAUUGAGUUAAAAGGAUAAUAAGAAUAUAGGUUCAACCUACCUUUAUUAGUUAAGCACAUUUGAGGGAUUAGAAUGGUUUAAUAACGUGGUUAUUCUAUCAUCUCAUCAAGAUUAUUAUGUACCUAUUCAGUCAGCCUUAAUUUAAAGCAUUGAGGAAACCAAUGACCCAAAGAAUCUAUUUUACAAUCAAAUGGUUUCAAAUAUAUAAUCCAAAUGCAGAAGGAUUGAUAGAUUUGAUAUUGACUUUUUGAUUACAAAAAAAAAAUUGGAUAAGUUGAUAGGAAGGGCAGCUCAUAUAGAAUUUAUAGACAACUUAUUAUUCGUUAAGAUGUUUGUAUACUUAUUCGAUGAGUUUUUCAUCUGA